UAUCCUUUGCGCUAACCGCAACGGGGGCUAGCUCAUUUCGUUUCGACAAAUAGUCUGACACUAUCUUUGGUUAUUUGGUUUUCCUCGAAUAAUAUAUCCUCCGUCUAAACCUGCGUUCUGCAACCUAACUGCUGUGGGUCCCAGAAGUCAUGAUCUUGCUGCAUUCGCGGACUCUCGCUUGACUUUUUGUUGCUCACCUUUUCCACUCUGGCAUCGAGACGAACAGAGUUCAGCUGCGAGGAUGGCGAUGGUGGAGGCGCCCGCUGCAGACCAGCAUCAUUUUCAUCGUCCACAUCCUCAACAUCACCAUCUGUCCGCCUCGACGGGGGAUAGCGGCGCGCUGGUCAAGUCCGACGCUGCCUUGGAGUCAGCCGCCACCACCACCGCAACCGCAAACACAACCGGGAUGGGCGAGGCCAAGGGCGACGGCGACGCCGUCAAUGGUUGUGUCGCCCAGCGCUCCACGGUCGCCAGUUGCAAGGCAUGCGAUGCCAACUUUGCUCACUUUGACAACGCCUGGCUGCGCAUCACCGGGUCAUACUACCUGCCCGCUCAUCGGGGCUCGUACAGCAUCACGGGGCUGCACGCGAAGGGAAAGGCUAAGCCGGCCGCCGAAACGAGUUCUCUCCAUGGAUGCAUCAUCCAACCACUCGUAUGCAAUAACUGCGAUGACACGCUCGCCAUCACUUGCAUAAAGGCACCCGACAGCAAGAGUGCAUAUGUAGACCGGGAGUUUAUAAAGCUUCCGAAAAUUCAGUUACGUUCUGAGGCAAGCGGUAAACCGGUUGAAGCAGUGAUUGAAGACGAUCACCAAGCGGAAUCACCAAGCCAUCCCGCCUCAGAAGCUCCAAAAAUGGACCGCUCGAGAGAAGUGGCUGGCACAGCGACUGCUAUUACCGUACAAAAGCCUUCACUUCCGUCCAUGUCCGUCCUGGGCCACAGGCCUCAAGAAGAACCCAGGCAAAAUGACCUUCCCGCUGUGCGCACCGUUCCAUCACAGCCGUUGCAGCCAAAGCCUGUGGUGACGGAGCGAGUGGUACAUCUGCCGCAGCAGCAGCAGCCUAACCCCACUGACCGAGGAUCUUCACCCGCGAAUGCUCAUUUGAAUGGUCAAACGCUGGCGAAUCCUUCAACUGGCACAACCCAUUAUUCGCCAAGCGUAUCGGCCAAGCUCGAUCCACUCGACCGUCUCCAGGCGCAAAUGAGCAUCAAUCGAUCAACGCUGGAGUCGUGCACUCGAGAUAUCGCUCGGCUAGAAGGCGCCUUUCAGCAGUUGCGUAGCGAAUUCCAGGAGACGGUGGAAGUCGUGAGACGAGAACUGCUUGCCGCUAGACAGCACAUCGCAGCGGCCGCUCAUCCCGAGCGCCUCGACGACCAAACGUUAGAGAUAUUCUCGACGACCCUAAGCCAAGCUGUUUCGAAGGCAAAUGAAGUGGAUGUCUUGAGAGUGCAAUUCGAAGUUGUCAAGCGAAGACUGCAACGCUUGGAAGAAAGUAACACCAGCCCCACAUCAGCAGCCAACCCCGACUAUCUCCUGCAUGCACGUCAGCAACCCGUACACCAUGUUCCCGUCGCACAUCAUGGACCACAGACACAAAUGCCUCAGGUGCGAACGUCGGAGCCUCCACGAGUACUGCCUUCGCACCCUCCUCAACCGGCAACCUAUGUCUCUGACCAGUCACAUCGUCCCCAGUAUGCAGAACAAGAAAAGGCGGUGGCUUCUGCUGCUGCUACCCCUCCUAGCUGGAUCUCUAUAAACACGGGACUGAAGAGGGGCCCCCCCGGUGCCGCGGAUGGACAUGGAGACGCUGCCAAUACGCCCAUCGGAUCGCCAAAACGAGCGAAGCUUGCCCCGCUCGAACCACGAUAUGCGUAUGAGGCACAGGCUGGUAGUACGCCCGCCGCCCGAUAUGAGCGCAUGGACACAGAUGAGUCCAUCACUACGCCACAAAACUACCGCAAUGCUUCGCACGACAGCUAUCCUGACACUACGAAUCCCUCUACUCUUGCACCUUCUUCUACUCAAGAAGGUGGAUCCGAGGAUAUUUGGCACACUUCAUACCAACGUACACUGUCUGGUGUGGGACACAGCAUAAGUCCACGAGGUCGAGGACGCGGCCGAGGACGUGGUGGCCGCCCAAGAAAGAGCAUGCCACUGGAGCCACACAUCUCGGGAACGCCAGAAUCGGAGAAGGAAGGCUGGGCAGGUUCGCAAGCUGAAUCCGAUGGAUUCUACCGCGGUGGAGCUAGCCGUCAAAGCUCCGGUAGUGGUCCUACUAUGGCUCCUUCCCCCGUUCAGAACUUUGAUCCCUACAGCCACACCAAGCGUUCAAGGACCAAACCUGUCCGCAAUGCUGACGGCAUUCUUAUUCGAAAAGACGGUCGCCCGGACAUGCGGUCCCAGAGCAGCGCGGCCAAUCUUCGCAAAGUUCACGCAAAGAAGGAAGAGGAAAAACGGGAAGCUGCCGCAGGCGUUUCAGCCUCGGGUCGGGCAGGGGACGCUAGCGCGGCUGCAGAGAGCCCUGCGAGCACAGCCAGCCAUGAUGUGGAGGCCGGCAACACGCAGGAACGGGCGGAUCAUAUCCUCAAGCAUAUGUUUCCGAAGGGUGUAGAACAGGAGAGAGCUCGGCUGGACACUGCACAGCGGUACUUUCCGUCCGACCACAGCCAGACGGGCACAGGUGCUUCAACACCUGUUGAUCGUGCUGCGACGGAAAGCGAGCAUGCAGACAGUGUCGAACCUGAAAAGUCUCGAGACGACACUCCUCAGCAGCAGGAUGAGACCAAGGAAGAUGGUUCACCCAAUGCUGUGGAUGUUGCGAAAUCGACUGUUGCUGAAAGCGUUGCACCAGCGCCGUCUGCAGAAAGUCAAAGGGCCGAUGAAAUUGCGCCAACCUCCACCACUCAAUCAACAUAGUCAACUCUUCAUGUUCUUCCGCGGGGCACAACAUUCUUAUGAUACUUUGAAACCGUUUUAUUGGUGCACAUGUCAGGGCGGAAUAGUCUAGGGCUGUUUUAACUUUUCUUUGGCAUGGCUAGAGCAAAGGUCAGCUCGCCAAUGUGAUAGGUGCUCAUUAUACCCCCCCGAUCCAUUAGAUUACCUAGCCAGUAAUGUUGAAUCGUCAUACGUCUCUUAUAUUGUUGUGAA